ACCGGCUAUAUUUGAGGUGGUGCAUCGUGUCCAUGAUGACCCGACUCACACAGACCAGCAGAUGACUGACCUGCAAAAUGAGGAGGGGAGGGUGUAUGGACUCACACUAUCACAAGCUGGGAAAGAGAAGAAUAGGGGGUGAGGGUGUGAGAUGUGUGAGAGUGUGAGAUGUGUGUAGAUAUGCUAUGUGAUUGAGCAGAGGAGGUUGGACACGAUCACGUGCAACACUUUUUUUGCUGAGCUGGCACAAAAAUUGACAAUGAGUUCUAUGUAAACUUCUAGCUGAUGUUGCACGGGCAAACUUUAUGUGCCUCUCUGGCUUCUUUUGAUAUAAAACUUUCAUUAACCAACCCGAUCCCCUCUAUUCUGACGAGUUAUCAGUGCAUACAGUGUUUACUAGAUUCUUGACAGCCAGUACAAUGCAAGCUGCAUACAGCACUGCUAAACUAUACUCUACCCUAUAGUCUAGCUAAUCUUGGUCCACCCAGACAACAGACACAGCUAGUCCGGUGUUACAAGCCAGCAAAGCAAGAGUAUCCAUAACUUUUUUAUUACAGUUAUUCGGUAUCUAUGGUAACGUGAGCAGAGACCUUAGGAAUGUCACAUGAUUGAUGACGCGUGGCCAACCUCCUCUGGUGAUUGAGGGUGUAGUGAGGUAUGGGAUAAAGGUAUGAUGAUGUUGUGUAGAUUAGGUGUACUGAUCAUUUACAAAGAUGUGUGUGAUAUUAUAAGGUACAUUUAUAGAUGUGAUAAUUAUGUCCAUGUGUGGUAUAGCUAUGUACAUGUGGUGGUCACUAUUACAGUAGAACCUCGAUUAUCCGGACACCUUGGUUCCAGAAGCAGGCCGGAUAAGUGAAUAUGCCGGAUAAUUGAAUAGAUAAACCACGCCUUUAUCCACCCACUCUAUUGAUAAACAGCAGUGCCAUAUGGUUGUCUGCGCAUGCGCAUAAGAUAAGCAGGUAUGUCUCCAUGGUAACAGCUGUAACGCGCAUGCGCAUUUUAGGGACACGCCCAUUUUCUGAUCUAAUAAAAAAAAACUGCCAAGCCGGAUAAUUGAGAUUCCGGAUAAUUGAGGUUCUACUGUACUUCACUUCAUAUUUACUAGAAACAUUCUAGUAAUACGGUACAUGAUUUUCUAAGUUGGAUAGAACACUACCUUUAGCCAAUCAGAUUGCAGUAUUUAUGGCAAACAUGAUCUAAUUCAUAUGCCUUACUAAUUGUUAUUGACUAUUACAAGAGUCAGUUACUGCACAAAGCUACUAGAUCCACUAUAGGUAGGUACGUUUAUUAGAGCCAACAGAAAAAUGUGUGGUGUGUAUUGAGGGAGACUUUCUGAUCCUAGCUGUCAAUACUGGUACUGAGUCCCCCACGCUACGGCCGCUAUAUUGAUCAGAUCAUAAUUAUACACAAGCUUCUAGCUACAUAGCUACAUACAGUCAAGAGAUGUGUGGAUAUGACUGCUUCCUACUACUAUUUACCCUUUUGUCGGGAGCUAGUGCUCAAACUGUGACUCGUGACUGUUCAUUGCUCAGACAAGCCCCCAGUAAUGCAGUGUUUGCUCUGGGAGGGGGGGGGGGGUUGUGUCAACUGUACCCUUGGUUUCAGGAGCGCUCGUUGGAAUAUAGAAUUGGACGGUACCUUCUCUGCAAUUAAUGCUGGCCAAGAACCACCCGAGUGCGACUGUAUAAUCAGCGAACGCAGACUCUGUUUCCGAAAUGUGGGCUCUGACAUUGUACCCAAUUAUCGUUGUCAGGUCCAGGUAGAUGCGGGCAGUGACGUGGUAGAGUGCAGCUUCCAAGUACAGAUAGCCAGCCUGCCUACCAUUGAUUCUAUUCUUGACAAGACUACUACUGUCAACCAAGAUGCAUCUGCUACACUGACACUGCGUUUGUCUGAGCCUGGUCUGCCCAUCCCUACCAUAAGCUGGCUCAAAGACUCUAACCCUCUCAACCUGGGUGGUAGAUACAGUAUAGACUCUGCUGGAUCACUCACCAUUGCUAAUGUGGUGGCAGAGGAUAGGGGAGCCUAUCAAGUGUGGGUCUCCAAUAUAGCAGGAACUGUGACCGCUGACUACAUGCUCUUUGUGAACUUUGCUGUCAUCAAUCUGACCUAUAGUGAGCUGGUUAAUGGUGAUGGUAGUGUGACGUGUGAGGCUAGUGGGUGGCCUGCCCCCUCACAAGAUGUCUCUCUGACUGGCUCUAGCACACAAGUCCGAACAUCAUCACCAUCCUUGUACGAAGUCAGCAUUGUUGCUACUGAGACCAUCAGCAACCCAGCAGCCAAUUGUUUGCCCUCGUACACUUGCACUAUUGCAUUUGGAAUACUUAGUCUCUCACAAUCCCUAAACCCAUCCUGUGGUACCCUUGCCCCCCCAAUCCUCAUUCUUGGGGGUCUAACAGUGGACACUAUUACAACCUCCUCUGCUAUUGUACGCUGGAGCUACAAUGGAAAUGUUUCUUUCACGAUCACAGUCUCGGUUUCUUCUGGCUCCAACCAGACCUUGACUAGCUCAUUGAGGAUGAUAACUCUAUCAGAGCUGGUUCCAGGUACAGAGUACAGUGUCGUAGUGAGUGUGACAGGGGACCCUACUACCACCACCAUGCCUAUGCUGUUCACCACCAUCUCUUGCCUUCCUAGCACUAUUCUUACUGUGACUGCUACUACUGUGACUCAUGGCAAUGAGCGCACUAUUCGACUAACCUGGGAGGUAGUUGUGUCAUCCGUUAUUAGUCUUUUAGUGUGUCCUAUACAACAGGGAUCGGUGGAGGCUAAUGCAACUGGCUAUAGAGUGUAUGUGGACCCUUGUGGGGGGGAUUUCCCCUGCACCCCCCUUGUGAGUGGGCGGUAUGUCACCUCCUAUGACUUUCCCACCAGUAUCUGUGAUGGGAGACAAUACUCGUUUCAUGUCCAGUCCAUUAACGAGUGCGGGGGUGGAGGACCCAACUCAUCUGUUGUCCUACGAACAUGUGCUCCGACUGCUGCCACCCUAUCAACUGGUGUAACUGUUGCCAUCGGUGUUACUAUUACUUUCAUUGUGUCUACUAUCCUUGGAUUUCUCGCUGGACUCCUAGUGAUGUACUCGUCCACGCGUAAGAAGGCAGAGUACUCCACAGAACCUAUUGUAGAACUCACUACACCAGCUAAUCCUGUUUAUGAGGAGGUGUCACACAAAGAGGAGGUUGAACUGAACAGUAACCAGGCGUAUGGACCAUUAGGACCACCCAAAGAGGAAAUGGAACUGAACACUAACCAGGCGUAUGGACCAUUAGGACCACCCAAAGAGGAGAUGGAACUGAACACUAACCAGGCAUAUGGACCAUUAGGACUGUGAAACUUUGUGCAGUUUAUAAUUAUUAUCUAGCCAUGCAAUAUUACAUGUAUGUUAGAUUUAGUUUAUUUGAAAUUAUUUGCUGAUCAUGUGACCUACAGCCAAUGACAUCAAUCAUGUGCAUGA